UGACGCUUCAAAUCACGUGAUCCCUUAAUCCUUGUCAGCUGACGCUUGGCGGAACUGUAGUUUAGUAAUAUAAAUAAAGUAGUGGAUAGGUUAGUUUAGUAGUUCCAAAGUUAGUCUUAAAUAUUUCCUUUGAUAAAUCUCUCUUAAGAUCGCAGUCAGCGCCUUAAAAACAUCAGCCAUGGCGCUCAGCGAUGCCGCCGUACAGAAACAGAUCAAACACAUGAUGGCCUUUAUUGAGCAGGAAGCCAAUGAGAAGGCAGAAGAAAUAGAUGCAAAGGCAGAAGAAGAGUUUAAUAUCGAAAAAGGACGACUGGUACAGACUCAGAGGUUGAAGAUAAUGGAGUACUAUGAGAAGAAAGAGAAACAGAUUGAACAACAGAAGAAAAUCCAAAUGUCAAAUUUGUUGAACCAGGCCAGACUGAAGGUACUCAAAGCCCGUGAUGACAUGAUUAAGGAUCUCCUUAAUGAAGCACGACAACGGAUGGCCAACAUUGCCAAAAACCCAAAUGAGUACCCAACACUGCUGGAGGGGCUGGUGUUACAGGGAUUUUAUCAGCUGUUGGAGCCCAAGGUUAUAGUUCGGUGCAGAAAGGAAGAUGUAGCGAUGGUGCAGGCUGCUGUUAAAAAAAACAUCCCCAUCUACAAAGAGACAGUAAAGAGUAAUAUUGAAGUGCGCAUCGACGAAAACAACUUCCUGCCCUCUGACAUCUCAGGAGGUGUUGAAGUCUAUAACGCCGAUGGCAAAAUCAAGGUAUCCAACACACUGGAGAGCAGACUGGACCUUCUAGCGCAACAGAUGAUGCCUGAGAUCAGAGUGCAACUGUUUGGUGCCAACCAAAACCGCAAGUUUAUGGACUAAUGGUCUGUUACUAAAUGUGCUUUAGUGGUUGUUAGGAGAACGGUGAAAUUCAAGAGCCCUGAUAAAGUGACAACAAGGUUUGGUGGAAGUUUUUUUUUUUUUUUUUUAAGGUCACUGUGGAUUUUCUGAAGUUUCUGUUGCAAUUCAGGAAAUUCAACUGAUCAUGUUUCAGCAAUAAUAAUAAAA